CGCUCGGGAGCGGGGACCGCGCAGGCCGCUGGGAGGUGGCGGGGCCUAGCUGGGCUCAGACGCGAUCGCUAUGCCGCUGUUGUUCCUGGAGCGUUUCCCCUGGCCCAGCCUGCGCACGUACGCGGGGCUCAGCGCCCUGGCGCUGCUCGGCUGCGUCCUCAGCGCCUACCGCGCCCUCAGCCAGGCCCCUGCCGCCUGGCCUGGGCCCGAGCCCCAGCCCCAACCUGAGCCACAGCCCAGCCCGAGCCGUGCCGGGCCGCUGCCGCUGGACGUCGCCUACUAUCUGCUGUCAGACAGCCUUUGCGUCUGGGUACUUGUGAAUACUGCCUGUUGUUUUCUGAUGUUAGUUGCUAAAUUAAUCCAGUGCAUGGUGUUUGGUCCUCUUCGAGUCAGUGAGAGGCAGCAUCUCAAGGACAAAUUCUGGAAUUUCAUCUUCUACAAGUUUAUAUUUAUUUUUGGCGUGCUCAAUGUUCAGACUGUGGAAGAAGUUGUCAUGUGGUGCCUUUGGUUCUCUGGGCUGGUGUUUCUCCAUCUCAUGGUACAGCUCUGCAAGGAUCGGUUUGAAUAUCUUUCUUUCUCCCCCACCACACCAUUGAGCAGCCACAUCAGAGUCCUUACUCUACUGAUUGUCAUGUUACUCUCCUGUUGUGGAUUAGCAGUUGUUUGCGGUGUUAUUGGCAGUACCCAUGGAAUGCACACUCUAGCCUUCAUGGCAGCAGAGUCUCUGCUUGUGACAGUGAGAACAAGUCAUGUGAUUUUACGUUAUGUAAUUCAUCUUUGGGAUCUCAACCAUGAAGGAACAUGGGAAGGCAAAGGAACUUAUGUGUAUUAUACAGAUUUUGUCAUGGAAUUAACCUUACUUUCACUGGACUUAAUGCAUCAUAUUCACAUGUUGCUAUUUGGCAACAUCUGGUUGUCGAUGGCCAGCCUGGUGAUCUUUAUGCAGCUGCGUUACCUGUUCCAUGAGGUUCAGCGUAGAAUCCGCCGUCAUAAGAACUACCUGCGUGUGGUUGGAAACAUGGAAGCCAGGUUUGCAGUUGCAACUCCUGAAGAACUCGCUGUUAAUAAUGAUGAUUGUGCCAUUUGCUGGGACUCCAUGCAGUCUGCACGUAAACUUCCAUGUGGGCACCUCUUUCACAACUCAUGCCUACGAUCCUGGCUUGAACAGGACACAUCCUGCCCCACCUGCAGAAUGUCUCUUAAUAUCACAGACAGUCAUCGGGUUAGAGAGGACCACCAAAGAGAGAACCUGGAUGAAAACUUGGGGCCUGUGGCAGUAGCAGAAGGCAGACCCCGCUUGAACCAACAUAAUCACUUCUUCCAUUUUGAUGGUUCUCGUAUUGCUAGCUGGCUACCCAGUUUUUCAGUGGAAGUGAUGCAUACUACCAAUAUCCUUGGUAUUACACAGGCAAGCAACUCCCAGCUCAAUGCUAUGGCACAUCAGAUUCAAGAGAUGUUUCCUCAGGUUCCAUACCACCUAGUUCUGCAGGAUCUGCAGCUGACCCGCUCUGUAGAAAUAACAACUGACAACAUCUUAGAAGGGCGUAUCCAGGUGCCCUUUCCUACACAGCGUGCAGAUAGCAUUAGACCUGCAUUAAACAGUCCUGUGGAAAGGCAUAAUUCUGAUCAGGAGGAUACUGAAACAGCUACCCAGGAACAAAUGGAUGCUGCUGCCAGUGUCCAUUCCCUGUCCUUUGAGGCCUAGUCAGAAGGAUGGGAGCAGAUCCACCAAGCUCUAGAUCAAAAGCCAACAAUAGAGGAAGUCCACAAGCAAAGAAGGAACCAAAUCCUUCUUCCUUCUCUUGUGAAAAUGACAGUGUCCCCUGGGGGCAGAAAUGCAUCUUCCUCUUGUAUUUGAGAGUUGUAUUGUACUGCUUGUCCUCGGUGUACAGGAAUUCUAAUGAUCUGAUAUUGUAGAUUAGUCUUACGUAAAAGUCUUCCUAUUAUAUAGUUAUUAGAAAACAUUUUUGGGGAGUGAAGCGUAGCAGUAUAUGAACACCUUAUUUUAAAUAUUUUAUUCAUCAUUCUAAAAGAAAAUAUUUCAUAAGAGGUUUUUUUUAAUUUUUCCAAAAAGUUUAAAUUUUUCCAAUCUUUUGGAACCCCCCCCCCCCCCCCCCCAAAAAAAAAAGUCCUCAGAAAAAAAUGAAAAAAACCCUGUUUUUCCCUGGGUUUUUUUCUGUGUUUUUUUUUUUUUUUUUUUCCCCUGGGCCUUCACAUCUCUAGUACUGCACCCUCUUUUACUAAAUCCUGGAUCUCCUUAUGCUGAUGACCAGGUCCAUGUUAAUUCUUUCAUCACUUGGUGAUGACCCAGGGAGAAUAUUUGUGACCAUUUCCUUUAAGUUUUGAAUUUUCCUUGAUGGGAUCAUAUAUAUAACAUAGCCAGCUUUUCAGCCAGAUGCAUUGCCCUGAGACCUGACAUUUUCUUCAUCUCCAGUUUCAGUCAACCUUCCACUCCUCACUAAAUUCAAAAUUCACGUUCCUCUGCAACAUCCAAAAUUAUUCCAAAAUUAUUAAUCUUCCCCCUCUGACUCUCAGGAUUUAUUUUUUUAUCCGAAAUCAGUGUUUUGAGGGAAUCGGCAUACUUUAAAGUAUCUGACUUUGUUAUGCAAGAACCUUCCUCUCUUCUUGUGAUUCACCAUAAUGUAUAUUUUAAGGAACUUGAACAAGAAUUCAGGGAAGAUUAAAAAAGUUGACUUGUUUUGGGUUUUUUUUAUGCAUGCCUUGAAAUUCUAAGUGUUUUGUGAAAAAAACAUGGAGUACUUGUCCUCUCUAAAUUAUCUGUGAUUAGUGUAUAUCAAGUUCUGAACCCAAAAUCAUGGGCCACUUUCAAAAAUCACAGCCAUGCCUUCAAUCUCUUUGCAAGGUGCAAUGUGUAAUCUCUUUCUAUGGCCCCAUAUCAAAUGUCAGAUAGCAUCAGCCAAGGAUAGAAUGCUCUUCUUCCUCUUUGCUCAACAUUUUGUACACUUCCCCUUUUUCUCUGGAGCACCUCAUUCUAACCAAAUUCUCUAAGCUUAUACUUUCCUUCACUUUAAAAUCAAGCCAUCUAAUUUAACAAGGUCAUUUAAUGGGAUCUUUGUUUCUCCAAAGGCAGGUGUCUUUUAGGAUUAGUUGUGAGUUCUGGGGGUCUAGUUUGUAAGCCCCAAAGGGAAAGUUUUGAAAACCCUUUAACGGCACAGUUAAACUGUCUUGAGAGGUGAAGAUUUUGGUAAAACUUAGGCUGCCUAUGUAUAUGAUUUUUGUCAUUCUAAUUAGAACAUGUUGGAGCAGAUUUGAUUUAAUUGAGACUGUUCAACUUCUUAAGUAGAACGCUGCAGUGUUGCCGCAGUGUCACGUGUAUUAAGCCCCUGUGCGUUUUUAAACGGCUAUAGGGCACUUUAUCUAAACCCCAUUCAACAUGGUUUAGUUAAAGUGUCCUACAGCCAUUUUUAAAUGUGUGGGGGCUUAAUACAUGCAACAGUGAGGUGUUUUAAUUAGAGUGGCUGCCUGGGAAUCUCUUUAAUUAACGCCCCCCACACGCAUACCUCCAAGCACGUGUGUGGUUAGUCUUGGAUACUGUGGCCAUAGGUGCUACAGAGAACACAUCAGCCCUUACAGAAACUCUUAGUGUAGUUAAUUCCUUAAAGUCUGCAAGAGGAAUAGAUUCUGAAUUGUGGAAAUGGUUACACUUGAGAAUCUGGUCUGACUUUAGUCUUGCCAUAGUCUUCUUUUUGAUACAAUACUAGAGUGGUUGAGAAGUUAGCUGUGACACUAGCUUCCUUCAAGAAUGGUAGUUCAGCUGUUGCUGAAGGAAGAGUAUCUUGAUUGUGCUAUUCUUGCCUGUCUUCCACCCUUCAGUUUUUGAGUAAAAUUAGAGAGAAAAUUGUGGAAGGAUGUUGUUGUUUCUUCUGCCAUUUUCUUUUCUCCUGGGACUCUUAAUAAAAAAGAGAGACUAUAAUUUAGUCCUCACUGACAUGGCCUCUUAAGCUCAGUGACUGAUAAGUUUUGUAACUGUGGGCAGGAGAAUCCCAAACUGAUUUUUUUUUUUCUUCUAUAGCUGCUUUUUUCUGAUGCUGGGAUUGUGGAGUUUCACCUGCAGAGCUUGGUGGAAUAGAUACUAGAGAGCUCUUGUUCUAUCAUCUGGGAGAUUACAGAAAGUUAGGUAGAGCAACUGGUCUCCUGCACCAAGGCUGUUCCUGGGAGUGUCCUACAGUACUCAGUAAUGUGAUCCCUCUGCCUCAGUUGGGAUGGGACUCAGUGAUAUAUAACCCCCCCUCUAUAUUGUUACUCAUACAAGGUCAUGUUUGCAUUUCAGACAGCAUUUAUUUUAUUUGAGUUUAUCGCAUUACUAUUAUUAUAACUUGGCUGUUAACAUUUCAUGCUUGAUUCACUUUUGAUGCAUUGUCACUUUUUCUCCAACGAUGUUCUGUUAGUCAGCUGGGUCCACUGAUGUGUUCCUUGGUACAGAAAUAACUUGUUUUGCGUGCCAGCUGUUGAAAUCCAUGCCUUGCACACUUUUUAAUGUUGAUGUUGCUAGUCUCUUGAGAUUUCUGCUGUCAGUACACUGCAAUCAGCAUGUAUCUGGAUGAUUAAAUGGACACAGUAGGUGAAUGCGAAUCGUAGCAGCUAGGGUAUAGAAACCGAUGUGGACCAUGUUUUGCCUCUUUAAUGCAUUACAGUUGUUAGUGCAGUCUGCUGGGAUGGCAAAUAAUAGCUAAGCUUCUUACUCAGGCCUUUGGCUUAGGUAAUGUAUUUCUUGAAGUUUAGCAACAUCUUUAUUUAGAAGGGACCUGAUAAUAUAUGACAGGACAUGGUGGGAAAACACUGUUGACUUGCCCUACAGUGGUUUAGUAAUGUCAUGGUUCAUCAGCUCACUUCUCACAUGAGCUGUCAUGUGUAGUGAGAUACUGCAGGAGGCACCAGUAGUGACAGUUGAGGUAGCUUCCUUUAUUGACAAGCAGUGUUUGUGCUGCUGUGAACUGGUCCUGCAGUUGGGUGGGAAAGCUGGCAAACUCCUCCAGAUUUGACUGUUCAAAUUUCCUCUUCAUUGCCAUUUCUGCAAACUAUUCUUGAGCAUACAGUGUUCUUAGAACACUUUCCUGGCACAUUCACUUCCUUAGAAGCAGUCUGAACUUCACUAUUACAUCAGUAUGCAAAUGUGCCCCAGAGUAGGGCUCCAUAGGGGAUUCUGCCUUCAGAAAAAACUAAUUAUUGGGGAGUAUUUUUUUUAAUCAUCUCCAAGAUAAUCAUAAAACAUGGUAUAAAUACGUAUGCUUUUAGACUACAUUGGUAAGCAGCAGUUUUUGGUUCCAUUGCAGUUUUCUUUUUUUGUGGGGGGGAACAGAGGGGAGGGGAGGUUACCACUUUAGUCACAAUAGAGUCCAGUAGCUUCCCACAUAAAUUAAAUCUCUAGGCUCAGACUCCUAGCAGGCCUUAUGCAAUGUUUUACUCUUUCCUCUUGAGCAGAGAGGCUCUGUUUGGUGAAUAAGUGUCAUCAUGCUGGAAAUCCAUUCUCUGUUCUUUGAAAGAGUGAGUUAGUCUGUUAGUCUGAAGACUUAGCGUUAGUCUGAAGACAUGGAAAAGGCAGGGUAGAGUUACAUUUUACAGAUUGAGAGGCAUAAGCUUUCGUAAGCAACAGCUUGCUUUGUCAGAUGCUAUGAAAAGACUUUCAUAUAAAAAGUCCUUUUGCAGCAUCUGAAAAAGUAAGCUAUUGCUUAAGAAAGCAUAUGCAUCUCUGAAUUAAUCAGUGUAUAACAGGGUGGCCUACCUGAUAAGGCACAGGCAAGAUCAGGAAGAGGGCACAGUAGCAGAUAGAACAGGAAGCAGAAGGCAAAGCAGCAAAUUGCUUUCUGUUCCCUGCCUUGUGCUUCCUACGCAGAACAGCAAAUUGGGCAGAGGAAGGGGAGUGGUCCUCAGGGAGGGUAUGGGACUGAUCUGUGGCACACCUGCCAAAAAAAUUGGGCCCUACUGCUCUGUAAGAGAUGACUUUACCCUGGCUUUUCUCAAAGAAUGGAUUUGUAGUGUCCCCUAAAAGGGCUGGCUUCUAAACAAAUCUGAUUUUCUUAUACAGUCUGUCUCCUCCUGCGAGAGAUGUGUUUCUCACUCUAAUUUCUUUAGUCUUGAAGGGUAUCUUGGCAGGCCUCUGGAGAGAUGUAGCUACUAAUGUUUGAUCAUCGAUAAUUACACAUUAAUGACUGAAGGUUGGGUUCAUGUAACCAGACAUGUCAUGCCUAGGGAUCCUGGUUUUCUCUGAUAAAAAAAAAAAUUGCAGAUUCUCUGGUUUAACCCCCCACCCCCCCAAAAAAACCACCCCAAAAUCUGUUAUUAAAAUUAAAGGCCCUCUGCAGCCCCCCACUGGCCCUGAUGGUUCCCCCCACAGCCCUGCUCAUAUGUCCCUUGCCUCCCACCCAUGGGCCCUGGCCCCCCAGCCUUGCUGGAGGGGGCCCCCAGCUGCCAGGGCUGUGGGGCCAGGGACUCAGGUCCUCAGCUCCCUGCCUCCUACAGAAGGCAGCUGCAGCAGAAGGAGCACUGGCUGGCUCCCCCACUGCCGCUUGCCUGCUGUGGGCUUGGUGGGGGCAGGGCCAGCUCCCAGUGGCAGCAUGCACUCCUGGGGGGCAAGGGGAUCCUGUGCCCCCCAGAUCUGUGUGGGGGGCAGGGGAAGGCUGGGUACAUGCUGUGGGCUUGUGCUCCUGGCCCUGCUGCUCUCCCCUGGGACCUCUGCAAUGCAGCGUGUGUAACCCAGUGCGGUAGGGCAUAGUGGGGCCGCGCAGGAAAGCUGCUUGCUUGCAGCAGCUCCCCCCAUACACCAGGAUAUGGGUCCAACUGUGGCUGUGUUUUUGCCAUCACUCCCCACCCCCUGCUUUGUGGAUCUGAGCAUUGCUGACCCCUGCUGUUUGCUCCCUGCACCUGUUGGCAGCAAUAAGACCUGCGGGCAAGUUUUAAGAGGUCUCAAAUAAGUUUAACUUUGGCUUAAGCCCCCACCCAGAAACCUGGGACAACUAGAUUUAAACUGGAUGAACAAACUCCCUUGUAAGCAAUGUAUCAACAAAAGCCAGGUUUAUUACAGGACAAAGGGGAAAGUUUCUCAAUUACUCCCCUUAAAAUAUAGUUGCAGGAUUCCAGCCACAUUUUCAGCUUUCAGAUGUUGAUGCUGAGCACUGAGAAGAACCCCAAGUUUGGUGAAAUUUCUUUCCACAUCAAUUAAUUUAUAGUCAGUUGCAGGAGAACCACUGCAUAUUUUGCCAGGCUGGGAAUGCGGUCUUCAACAGCCAUCCACAACUAAAUAGGAUCCUCAACAUCUGCAAACCCAUCUUUGACAUUUGCUAAAUACACUGGCUAUUACAUGCUACUCUCCCUAGGCAGCUUUAAUUCUGAUUUCACAGUUUCGUAAUCUGUACAAACAGAGCCGAUUUUUGUUUAGGAUCCAGUGCUCAAACAGUGUGGAGAAAAUCAACUGCUGGCUGUUUACUUUUCAUGCUGUACUGUCUCAGUUUAUCAGCAGCACUCUGAGCAGCUGUGGAUCCUCUCACAUUAUCAGCUGCUAAAAUAAGAUGCUCCAACCACAAAAUUAAAUCCAAGACAGUGUUGUACAUUUUGUGUACUUGGCAUUUCUGGAACUAUAAAAAGUCCGGUGCUGUCACCAGGCAUCCACAGUUCUCUGCAGUGUACUUCACAUCAUUGUGCAGGUCUGCUACUACUAACAGGCUGGCCAGUUCCUGCAGAACAGCUGUAUUGCCUUGUUUUGUUUGUUCAAGUUUCACUAACCCAUGAUAGAGCCAGGAGUACUGUGCAUGGUACCUGACGUAAUUGAACCAUGUGUUCCACCUGGUCACAACUAGUUCUGGUGGAAGUGCUGGCAAAUCAAUAUUCUGAUCCUCCAGGUAUCUCAAGUAUCAUGCAUGACGAGCUGGAGCUUUUAAUAAAAGUGACUUUAUUAAAGCAACAAAGCGAUCCACUUGCUUGAAGGUCUCUUGCCAAGUAGUUCCUGCCAAAGCAACUAUAUGUGCGUAGCAACGAAUAUGUACACAGUUUGACCACAGGCCACAAAGCACAUUGUUCCAAGCCUUCACCAUGUAGCUUGCAUUGUCUGUUACAAAUGCCAAUAUUUGCUCAAGCGGGAUUGCAAAGAAAUUGAGGCUCAUGCAAUGGUGGCAUGAUUAACUUUCUUCAGGCACACUGUCUUUACCAGUGGUGGUUUGGGAAUGUUAGCAUGCUUAGCACCUGAAAUAAAAUGUUGAAAACCGGUCUAUUUUGGAAGUCAGUUGUUUUGUCAGCAAUCACGGCAAUAAAGACUUUGAGGGAAACUUCAAGAAGGCUCUGUUUUUCCUCUUCAAAAAGAGCUGAUAUGUGGGAAUACAAUUGGUCUGACUUAGGAAUGGCACCACUUCCAUUAAUGUACUUGCUCCAAAGGUCCCUGACAACAGGUAAAUCCAUUUUAUGCAAAGGAAUGGUGCUUUUAAACGCAUUUGAAUAAAAAUCAAAGUGAUGGUGUCACAGUGGGCUUUGGCAGCUAUAGAAUGCUGGAAUGCUGCAGUCACAGUGCAUUGUUUCUUUGACGGCUCUGCAUUUUCUGUAUCCUCUCUUCGUGUCUCUUCAUUCUGUUUAUGCUUAGCACUUUCUGUGUGUUCCAUAAUUGUCUGCCUUCGAACAUGAUCUGCAGCCUUAUUGCAUGUAAUGCAGAACAACACGGUACCGUCAGUGUUAAACUUACCCGUGCCAAACUCGGCAACACAGUCUUUAGGUGUGAGUUUCACCGUCUUUGGCAUCUUUUCUGGACUUGAAUACGAUGUCUGGAGGUUGAAGUAAAAUUUGAGAUUCAUCAAACACAUGAGCCCUUGUAUAUAGGGACCAACUCAAUUUGCAGUUGCACUUUUUUCACUGAAAGCAUGAAAUCAAGUAUUUUCCAUGAAAGAGAGCAAGUGAGCCCUGCAUUUUUGUUGGGGCUGGGGGAAAAAAGGGACUCCCUCAUUCUAAGCAGAAAAGGUGCCAGGGGGGAAAGAAAAGCCUUUCUUCCUAGAGCAAAUUGUGGUCUUGAAAUGCAGGGACAGGAGUCUGGAAGCAGCACAGGACUGCCAGGUGCCAGCUGGCACUGCCUGUGGGGCCUGGCCCAGUGCAGCCAGUCAGCAGCUGCUGUAAGAUUCCAAGUAGAGGGUAUGCCCCUACUGCAGAGGAAGACAACCCCCACAGUCUCUACCAAUCUGACCAGGGGAAAAUUCAUUCCUGACCCCAGUGCAGCAUCAGUUUGACCCUGAGCCAGAUGGGCAAGACCCUGUAGCUAGGACUAUCCUGGGCUGUGUCUCAGGAGGAGCAUUGGCACAUCCCUGAAUGGUGGCAGACCAACCUCUUCUUGAACAUCUCCAGUGCAGGAGAGUUCACAGCUUCCCUGGGUGUCUGUUCCACUGCCUCCUGCUCCAACUGGGAGUCCAAUUGGAACUGAACCAAAACCUAAGAACUGGCUAGAACUGGUGUUUUGAUUUGCCCCUAAGCCAUCAUUUACUUUGUCCUACUGAACCACAGUGGGAAUCAAGCCACCAAAAAUCACUGGGGUUGCCAGUUAACCUUGUUUUGCUGGUUAGACCAACCAGGGUUAUUGGUCAAAUGGAGGUCACUAGUUACCCCACAAGUCAGCUUGAGGUAACCGGUUCAGUCUUCAUUAAAACUGCCAAUAACAAUUUAUUUAAACUGUAAAAACCACUGGUACACAUGAAAACACACAAAGAUAAAAUGUUAUGCUUACUGCUACCACAAAGACUUGUCUCACUUCUCUGUCGCGAAUCCUGGGACUUUCUGAUUUUGCAAUUUGUAUCACACUUCUCUUUCCCUCCUUUAGUCUAUACGCUUAAUAGAAAAUGGAGUUAAAUGUAUGUAAACAGCUGUAAAUAAAUAUUACUGCUUUCUUACUGGA